UGGGCUCCGGAGGGGCUGUAAGAGGCGUCAGGUGGGAGCACAGCACAGUCCCUGUGUCACCCACAGCAGUCCCGGGGACCCUGUCAAGUCUGACAGAUGUCCUGGGGCCCCGCUGCUGCCACCUCCCUGCCGAGAGGGGUUUCAUCCCCGUUAGCUCAAGGCACAAGAGGAGUCAGGGCUGAAAACUGCUCUGCUCCCCAUCUCCCACUCUGGGGGAAGCUGCACGGAGCUGCCAGGGCCCCUGUCCCCCUGGAUUGCACAAAGCAGCAAGACCCGGAGAGGAGGAAGCGGGAGGGAAAUACCCGCCCCCAUCCCAAGGCUCAACCCCUGGAGGGAUUUAAGCACCCCCACUCUGAACAGCCCCAGCGGUGGUGGCAGUGGCCCACUCUGUGCCACCAUGGUCACAGCUGGGCUCUUCAUCCUCAGCCUGGGAGGCUGCCUCCUGCUCCCACCUCUGGCCAGGGCAGGCACCCAGGGGAGCCAGAUCAUCGGGGGAAAGGCAGCAGUACCCCAUUCCCGGCCCUUCAUCGCCUCCAUCCAGAUGGACGGGCAGCACCACUGCGGGGGCUUCCUGGUGUGGCCCAGGUGGGUGAUGACAGCUGCCCACUGCCUCAUUCCCAGGCGCAGCCCCUCAGUGCGCGUGGUGCUGGGAGCCCACCGGCUGCAGGAGCCCGAGGAAUCCCAGCAGAUCUUCAGCGUGGACGAGUCCAUCGCACACCCACUGUACAAACGCCGUGCCGUGGACAACGACAUCCGCCUGCUCCGGCUGAACAGGUCAGCCACGCUGAACGAGUACGUGAAGCGGAUCCGCCUGCCCUCGCCGCACAUCGACCUGAAGCCCGGCACUGUCUGCUACGUGGCGGGCUGGGGGGACACCUCCAACUUUGGAGACCAGCCCGCCGAGCUGAUGGAGACCAACACCACCAUCGUGAAGCGGAGCCUGUGCCGGACGCUGUGGAGGGGCAAGGUCACGGCCAACAUGCUGUGCGGGGCCAGCCGCAACACCACGCUGCAGGGCGUCUGUGCUGGUGACUCCGGGGGACCCCUGGUCUUCAAGGACAAGGUUUAUGGAAUCGUCUCCUUCUCUGGGGAGAGAUGUGGGGACCGCCGGUUCCCUGACAUCUACACCAAGAUCUCCAGCUACAUUGAUUGGGUCCAUCAGGUUGUGAAAGGGUUCCGCCAUCGGAAGGGGUGGGUGAAGCCCUAGUGUGGCUCAGAGUCCUGGGGGCCGGCUGGCUGUGGGAAGAGGGAUGGAGAUAUCUCAUGGGAAGGGAGAAGAGGGAGAGAGAACACAUCAUCCAGCUCUGGUGGGGCUGGGAGCUGAGGCUCAGGGCUCCUUGAUCCAGGUCAGGGCAGGAGCACUCCUCGGCCUAUUGGAAAGGGGUGUUAUGUACCCCCUGGGCUACACCUUGUACAUCCUCUCGCAGUCGCAACAUUUACCUUCCUCAAUAAACCCUCAGUCCCCA